AUGGCUGACCAGGUGCAACAGACUAGAAAGAGAACUUUCCGCAAGUUUAGCUAUCGUGGUGUCGAUCUUGACGCUCUCCUUGACUUGUCCAGUGAGCAGUUCAUGGAGCUCGUCCACGCUCGUGCCCGUAGAAGAUUCCAACGUGGUCUUAAGCGCAAGCCCAUGGGUCUCAUCAAGAAGCUUCGCAAGGCCAAGAAGGAGGCUGCUGCUGAUGAGAAGCCUGCUGUUGUCAAGACCCACCUCCGUGACAUGAUCAUUGUUCCCGAAAUGAUCGGCUCUGUUGUUGGUAUCUACAACGGUAAGACCUUCAACCAAGUUGAAAUCAAGCCUGAGAUGGUUGGCCACUACCUUGCCGAAUUCUCCAUCUCUUACAAGCCUGUUCGCCACGGUCGUCCUGGUAUUGGUGCCACCCACUCUUCUCGUUUCGUUCCCCUCAAGUAA